AUGAUAGACGAAACAUCGCUACGAGAAUUCUACGAAUUCGUAUAUCCCGUAGACCUUGUGGUGCAGUGGUUGUCAUAUAACCUUCAACAUGCGGACAAGAUCAUCUCUUCCCCACCAGGUAGCGUUGCAAACGGUAACGAUCCUAAGGUGUUGCCAUCAACGGGGGAGGAUGUUACUGAAGGGGGCCGGGGAAGUACUAGUAGUGCAGAUGGAUAUUUGGCGCGCCGCGAAUUCUGUUUCACUUUACUGGGAGAUAUUUUCACACGCUUUAGGAGUUACAGUAGUGUAACGGAACUUCGUCGUGAGCUCAUCCGUUCGUUUCCGGAGAAAAUUGACGUCGGGGCCGUCUACAACAUUCGUCCAAACCAAAAGCAGAAAGUGGGGACAAUUGUUCCGGUGGAGCGUGAGCUCGUGUUUGAUAUCGAUAUGAGCGACUACGACAAUUCUCGUUCUUGUUGUACUGGAAAAUCUAUAUGCCGGUGGUGCUGGACGUGGAUGUCGUGUGCCGCAGCUGUGUUGCGGAAGGUGCUGGAGGAUGAUUUUGGGUUCCGGUAUCUGUUUCCUGUGUUCUCUGGUCGCCGUGGAAUUCAUCUUUGGGUGUGUGAUAAGCGUGCGUGCAAAAUGCACGAUGACGAGCGGUCAGCUCUUGUAUCUUACCUUACCGUUGUUGUGCCCAAAGCAUCACAGCAUGCAGUCGUGGCAGACUUUGUAAACGGCAAACCUAUUCAUCCCACCAUCCAACAUGUGCAGGCCACAGUACUUGAUCCAGCCUUCACAUCGCUGUUUCUCAACUCUACUCCGGAAAAUCCAAACCGCGUUACUCACCCGAAGGGUGCUCGAAUUGUCUAUAAGGCGAUUGUUUCGGCACUAAAAAUGGGCACACGCCGCGAUGUCGAACAGCGUUUUUUGCGGAACGUACCAUUUGAGGAGGGGAAUAUCCUCGACUGGACAUAUGUUCUGCGGACACUUGGAGACGCGGCGACGAAUGUGAUCGCUGCUGCCCAAAUUCUACUCAUGUACCCCCGGUUGGAUGAGCACGUGAGUACGCGCCGUGACCACUUGUUGAAGCUACCCUUUUGUGUACACCCUGCUACGGGUUCGUUGUGCUGCCCAUUGGAGUGGGAUAACGUGCCAACAUUCGACCCUGUAAGUGAUCCACCCAAACUGCAGGAUAUGCUACUGCACCGUCAUAUGGAUGAAAAGUGGUUGGCACCUUUACAGCGUAUGCUGCAGGAAAUGGGGCGAGAUCCUGCAGAGGAGAGAUAG